CGGGCAACGCUGCUCCUCCUAGUCUGAUGCUCUGCUUUUGGAGGUAACCGGUACCGUGGUUGUGGAGAAGCGGGGCUGACUUAUUGUUUCGCUCGGGCACCCUAUUGGGUCGGAGGUUGUCAGUAUCUGUUUUAUACAAGAACCUGCCUUACCUGUCAAGCGGUUGUGUAGCACUGGAGACACCUGGUGCCUGUUUGCAGCACUGCGCAACCCUCCGCCCGCGUCCUGAGAGGAUCAACAACUGGUCACAGCCAGCAAGGAGUUAAAGAUAGCAGGGAUCCUGGAGAAGCAGGAGUCAUCCUGGGGUAAUGGAGGCACACAGGUGGAUGAUCUGGCAUUCCAGGAGUUACUGGACUUCUAUGGUUAUGAAGCUUCUGAUCCCCUUUCUGACCAAGAGGGUGACAUCAAAGGAUCUGAUUCUGAGCUGCACCACAGUAGCCAGGAACUGGAACCAGUAGAUGAUGUGCCCCUUGAAGAUGAACCGAUGUCCCCCUCUUUGCCUCCCAGGGACUCACUUAAUCUCUCACCCUGGUCUUCUGCUCAAGAGGAUUGGACACUGGAAUCAUCUAGGGUUGAAGAAGAGACAUUGCACAGCUGUCGGGCCCAGCUUCCAAAUCUGCGUUAUAUUCCACCUGCUGAGAGAGAUUUUGAUGAAAAGGACCAGCUGUUAUGGGAUCCUAAUGUCCUCCCUGAACAAGAGGUGGAGGAAUACCUGAUUCGUGUCUCUGAGCUUCAGCACAGAGCAGGAGGCGCAUAUGUUCGUGAUGCAGAUAAUGAGCAGGCACUCUAUGAGUUGGUCAAGUGUGGAUUUAACUCAGAGGAAGCUCUUCGAAGGUUGCAUUUUAAUGUGAAAGUUGUACAAGGUGGACUGAGUGCUUGGAGCGAGGAUGAGCGCAGACAUUUUGAGCAUGGUUUCCGUGUUCAUGGCAAGAAUUUCCACCUUAUCCAGGCUAACAAGGUUCGAACAAGAUCAGUAGGUGAGUGUGUUCAGUACUAUUACUUCUGGAAGAAGUCUGAACGUUAUGAGUUUUUUAGACAGUCCCGUUUGGGGAAGAGGAAGUUUGGGAACCCACCAUCUGUGGAGAAUGAAUUUGAACUACCAGAACCAGUAUGUCCAACAAAGGUGCACAAAUCUGUAUUCAGAGGAGAACUUUUAGGACAAACAGCUAUUACACAGAGAAACUCUCCAAACUAUAGCACCUGCAGUUGCAGCAAAGACCAUUGUUCCUGUGGAAUGAGAAGGCAAUCUGGUGCUAACUCCAGUGGCUAUCAAGAAUCCCCUCCAAUCACUGGUGACCUCAUCAGCCUCAACUUUUCUCAGCAAACUCUGCCCCUGCUGCCUGGUUUAAAGGCUCAGGAUCCACCAUUAUCAACUUUCUCUAUGACAGAAAUGGCACUAUCUGACUUCCUCUCAACAUCUUCUCUACUUUGUACUGCCUCCCUCCCUCCCUAAUACAUGUUUUCUAUCCAAUUUUCUGGAUGAAGUGAGAUAAAGACUGAGCCGCCAAUACUGGUCAUCUGGUCAUUUUCAGCAGGAACAAAGAGGAAUUAUUACUUUCCUGUUAUAUUUAAUUGGAGAAUCAUUUCUCUCCCACAUGUGCCUGUUGCACUCCACUAUGAUCAAACCCAAAUUAUUCUCCUCAGGGUGAACUUUACUAGUAUUUAGCUACUGGUCAAGAAAGGACUGGUGGGUGAAAACACAAAUUUGUUUGUUACAGCAGUUUAGCCAUUCCAGAACUUCUGUUAAAGAACACUGAGUGCCAGAACUUUGUGCUACAGUUCUCAGCAAAUAGAUUUUUUGUAGCCUUUAGGAGUUGUAAGUCUGAAAUACAGAUUAGGUUACUCCCUGGAAAAGUGUUGUGGAGAAUGCCUAAACUUUUUGUAUGCACCUCCUUUCCCUCAGUUGCCAGCAAUAGAAUAGGAUGCAUUUAUUUUUGUGGAUGGUGAAAUUAUUUUUCAAAGUUUUGCUCCUUAAAAGUAAGAAUUUUAUACUUUUUCAGUGACAUGUUCUGAUGUAAUUUUUUGGGUAAAAUACUAGCCUAUAUUACUUGGUUCCAAUGAAAUCAUUUGUUAUUACUAAAUUUUCCACUGUUGUGCAUUCAAAGAACUGAUAUGUUCUUUUAUUUAGAGCACAAAUCCCUCUUAAAUUCAGAACAUUGCUACAAUAUCUGUGUUAUUUCUGUGGAUUGACCUCUCUGUGUACAAGAGUCUGGUUGCCAAAACAUAGGUCAUGUUUUAUACGUAUUUAAAUUCUUACAUGAUUUUGACAUUAAACAUUUGUACAGAAUAGAAAA